AUGGAAGCGCCGCGUCUUUGGAGACCUCCGGCCGUAUACGUGUCUCUUCGAAAGGUGUGCGAAUCAAACACCGACUUUGAUCGACGCCAUCGGUGGCAACUUCACAUCUCCCAGUAUCACUGGCGCACAUGGUCUUGUCCAUUCAAGUGCGGAAGCAUGUUCCCGUCUGCGGUCGAACUCGGGGAUCACGUUCGCCAUCACUACCUACCAAACGCGAGCGACGAGCAUCUCAGCACCGUCGUGGCUCGCGGCGAGGUAUCUGUUUCAAGUGACGUGACUAAAGAAUGCCCUCUUUGCAGACAAGCUAUUUCGGGCUUGAAGUCAUACGUCAAGCACACUGGGCGGCAUCUUGAACAGUUGGCUCUAUUCGCUCUUCCCAGUAUUGAAGAUGAGGGACUGGAGGAUGACGUCGAAAGUGAUGAGCAGAACGAUGAAGCAUCUGAGCUGGGAGCUAUCUCGACCGAUGACAACAGUUGGGACGCUUCUUCCAAACCUCAUGAGUAA